AUGAAGUUCUCCGUUUUCACUGCCGUGGCUUGCUUUGCUGCCAACGUCUUUGCUGCUCCGGCUAAGCGCGAUGUCUCGGCUGCCGUGAUCGCCAAGCUUGAGACCACCCUCAACACGGCCAUCACCGAGACUGCCACCAUCCACGCCGAUGUCAAGGGUCUUCUCAACAUUGGCGCCAACGUCGAUGUCGCCGCCAACCUGUCUGUUCUCACGUCUGACCUGGUCGUCCUGAACUCCACCCUCACCACGGUUGUCUCUGUCCUCGAGGGCCUCGGUCUCACCGUUGACACCGAGGUCGACGCUCUGGUCUCUGCUGUGGGCGUGACUGUGGUCGGUCUGCUGGCUGAGCUCCUGACUGACGUCACCAACCUCGUUGACUCUCUGACCGUUGUGGCUGACGUCACCGGAGAUCUGAGCGUUGCCGGUCUUCUUGCCACUGGCGCCUCGGUUGUUGCUACCGUCACCGCCACCCUUUCGCCCCUUGUCGUUGCUCUUGGCGCCGUCCUGAAGCUGGCCGUCUGCCUGCCGAUCGUCGGUCACGUUCUUGUCGGUGUCGUUGCCGUCCUGUAA